GUAGUUGUUCUCUUCGCACUCCUUACGGGAUCCAGUGUUAGUGUGGCAUAUGUCUUUCAAGCAAGUCGACCUGGAGAAGAUGCGGGAUCUCCGCCACAAACCAAAAGUGAGACAUGGAUUGAUGUGUUGACAUCAGGCCUUUCCUGCUCUGACACUCAGUUGGCUAAUAAGGGUUUUAUUACAGUAUAAUAAAAUAGAGAGUAAUAUAACCGUUUUGUCAAUCAAAGAUUGAAAUUGUUUGUUGGCAUCACCACUGUACCUUUUCUUCCAUAUUGCACCAUUUUCUGGUACAGUAGGCUAAUAUACUUACAGCAGUAACCCAAUAUUUAAGAUUGACGUUACAUUUUCUGCAGCCUGGUCACCUUUAGCCUUGGUCAUUUGUGUUGUCAUGAUGCCAUAGCCUAUAAUGUGAAACACACAAACUGUGUUUACCAGGCUACAUUUUCAGUGCACUGAAGUUUUUGCUAGUGAGUAUGCUGUCCAUAUUAGGACAUAUCCAUGGAAGUUGUGUCAGUCACAUGUUGGUGUGUCUCGUUAGCAUUGUGCUAAUUGUGUUCUCUUGUCCCAGCUAUCUCAGACUCCCUGUGGGUUAGCUCAGCAGGAUCAUGUAAGGGCAGAUGUUUUGAAUUGGAGGAAGCUUUACCGCCAGGUUGCAGAUGUGACAACUUGUGCAAAACCUACUACAGCUGCUGCUCAGAUUUCGAUGAGCACUGUUUAAAAACAGGUUGGUGUACCAGCUUGUCUUUGAACUGUUUUCUCGUACUGUAUCUCUUACUGUGGUGCUAUGGUUCAAUUAAGGAAUAAGGCCCGAGGGGGUGUGGUAUAUGGCUAAUAUACCACAGCUAACCAUCCACUACUGUUGAAAAGAAUUUACACCAAAUUAAACAAUGGCUGAUAUUGAAUUUGCUUUCUGAUUGAUUGUGUGUGCAUGAGUCAUGACUAUGGUUUUGUAGUAGCUAGUUAUUGAUGCUGAAUACAGACUCUUACUGUAUGUCCCUUCCCUGGUGCAGCGGGUGGCUUUGAGUGCAGUGAAGAUCGCUGUGGGGAGACGAGAAACGAUGACCAUGCUUGCCACUGCUCAGAAGACUGUCUGUCGAGAGGAGACUGCUGCACCAACUACAAAGCUCUCUGCAAAGGUACACACUCAAACUAGGGAUGUGUGAAAGGCUGUUGAAGAAAGUGAAUUUAGGUCAGUUCAUUCCGUAUUGGACACCGAAGGGACCCAAAUGGGAAGGUAGUCGGUUAGAAGGUAAAGUAGAAUGUGGGCUUUGGGUUCUUGUUGUGCAUUUUUCUUUUGGACUGCAGAAGUGCAUUACUUUCACCUAUGUUGUUUGCUCUACAAUGAACUGAUAAAAAGUGCAAGUUGUGAGUCUCUUAUAUACAUAGUAACUUUCACAUUCUACAUCAGGAGUAUUCAACUCUUACACUACGAGGUCCAGAGCCUGCUGGUUUUCUGUUCUACCUAAUCAUUAAUUGCACCCACCUGGUGUCCCAGGUCUAAAUCAGUCCCUGAUUAAAAGGGCAACCAUGAAAAUAUGCAGUGAAUCUGGCUUCGAGGUCCAGAGUUGAGUUUGAGGGUUCUACAUGGCAUACAUGUAUUAUAUUCUUCUCACACUCUGACAACCUUCAAUAAUCCAAAUACUUUCAAAAUGAAGAAGUGAAACUAUUUCUUUUGAAUCAAAUUCCAAUGCACCGGCAACAGACUUUUGCAGACUUGCGCUGACUUUAACUUACAUUUUUUUCCUAUUGCAGGAGACGCUAAAUGGGUGGACGGUGAGUGUGAGGAGAUCACAGGCCCUGAAUGUCCUGCAGGGUAAGGCUGAAUCAAAAACUCAAUAAAUGUUAUGAAUGAUUUUAUCCUCAGAAACAGUGACAGUGGCUUUAUGGUCUGGGGAAAAGGGCAGAAGCUGAGCAGCCAGCUCCAACUUGGACUGGAACCAGUAGCCCUGCGGGCACCUUUUGACCUAACACUACAAGGCCAUAUGGUUCCCAUAUAAUUUGUGUAAACUAAAGAAGUGACAUCACAUCAACAGUUAAUUUUCCAUGACAACUUUUGAGUAUUUUGACCUUUUUUCACAGUUUUAUCCGCCCUCCUCUGAUCAUGCUGUCGGUGGAUGGCUUCCGGGCCUCCUACAUGAAGAAGGGCAAAGCGGUGAUCCCCAACAUGGAGAAACUGAGUAAGUCACUUCCACUCACAUCCUGACACUAGAUAGGCCAUACUGUAGCUAUACUCUUGUUGAAGGCAGAAAAAGUCAAGAACCCAAGCAACUUAGUUACAUUGGAGAAAAAAAGUAUUUAGUCAGCCACCAAUUGUGCAAGUUCUCCCACUUAAAAAGAUGAGAGAGGCCUGUAAUUUUCAUCAUAGGUACACGUCAACUAUGACAGACAAAUUGAGGAAAAGAAAUCCAGAAAAUCACAUUGUAGGAUAUUUAAUGAAUUUAUUUGCAAAUUAUGGUGGAAAAUAAGUAUUUGGUCACCUACAAACAAGCAAGAUUUCUGGCUCUCACAGACCUGUAACUUCUUCUUUAAGAGGCUCCUCUGUCCUCCACUCGUUACCUGUAUUAAUGGCACCUGUUUGAACUUGUUAUCAGUAUAAAAGACACCUGUCCACAACCUCAAACAGUCACACUCCAAACUCCACUAUGGCCAAGACCAAAGAGCUGUCAAAGGACACCAGAAACAAAAUUGUAGACCUGCACCAGGCUGGGAAGACUGAAUCUGCAAUAGGUAAGCAGCUUGGUUUGAAGAAAUCAACUGUGGGAGCAAUUAUUAGGAAAUGGAAGACAUACAAGACCACUGAUAAUCUCCCUCGAUCUGGGGCUCCACGCAAGAUCUCACCCCGUGGGGUCAAAAUGAUCACAAGAACGGUGAGCAAAAAUCCCAGAACCACAAGGGGGGACCUAGUGAAUGACCUGCAGAGAGCUGGGACCAAAGUAACAAAGCCUACCAUCAGUAACACACUACGCCGCCAGGGACUCAAAUCCUGCAGUGCCAGACGUGUCCCCCUGCUUAAGCCAGUACAUGUCCAGGCCCGUCUGAAGUUUGCUAGAGUGCAUUUGGAUGAUCCAGAAGAGGAUUGGGAGAAUGUCAUAUGGUCAGAUGAAACGAAAAUAGAACUUUUUGGUAAAAACUCAACUCGUCGUGUUUGGAGGACAAAGAAUGCUGAGUUGCAUCCAAAGAACACCAUACCUACUGUGAAGCAUGGGGGUGGAAACAUCAUGCUUUGGGGCUGUUUUUCUGCAAAGGGACCAGGACGACUGAUCCGUGUAAAGGAAAGAAUGAAUGGGGCCAUGUAUCGUGAGAUUUUGAGUGAAAAUCUCCUUAUGGAUUUUUUUUCCUCAUUUUGUCUGUCAUAGUUGACGUGUACCUAUGAUGAAAAUUACAGGCUUCUCUCAUCUUUUUAAGUGGGAGAACUUGCACAAUUGGUGGCUGACUAAAUACUUUUUUUCCCCACUGUACAUAUCAAUCAAAUGUAUUUCAUAAAGUCCUUUUUACAUCAGCAGUUGUCACAAAGUGCCUUACAGAUACCCAGCCUAAACCCCAAAGCGCAAGUAAUGCAGAGGCAGAAGCACAGUGGCUAGGAAAAACUCCCUAGAAGGCAUACGGGUCUCUAGGAAUAAAACAACCUCCUGCUCUACUCUACGCUACUCUACUCUACUCUACUCUGCUCUACUCUGCUCUACGCUACUCUGCUCUACUCUACUCUGCUCUACUCUAUUCUGCUCUACGCUACUCUGCUCUACUCUACUCUACGCUACUAUUAUGUUUUAGACCAGAAUGGAUGUGUUGAAGGGAGGUGCUUUCACUUUAGAUUUCAUGCAUUGUGAUGAAAGAUUCUAGGCUACUGAUACUAUAUUGAUAAUUUGCUAAUUUCUUCCCAUAUAGGAACAUGUGGCACUCAUGCACCCUACAUGCGACCAGUGUACCCCUCCAAAACCUUCCCCAAUUUGUAUACUCUUGCCACGGUAUGGUUACUUAUUCCAAUGCAUGUCCAUAUGAAUAUACCACUAUUUUAUUGAAACUUUAAAUAAAAUAUGUUUUCAAUUAGAUGGUUUCCAAUUUCCAAGUCAUAUGCAUUGUAACAACAUGUAACAACAUUAUAAUAACAUUGUAACAACUUUUAAACAGAUCUUCGUCAAUUAUGUUUCUCUGGUAUAUCUAUGAGUUGUGAUUUUUUUCAAGGGGCUUUAUCCCGAGUCUCAUGGAAUAGUGGGAAAUUCCAUGCAUGACCCAGUGUUUGACGCCAACUUCAACCUGAGGGGGAGGGAGAAACUGAACCACCGCUGGUGGGGUGGCCAACCUGUGAGUGUAUAGAUACUGUCCAAUUCUUCACACUUACACAGUUUUUAAACUUAGGGAAAUACACUAAUAUGUUUGCAGAAUCACAAUGACAUUUAUAGUGUAAGAUAGCAACUUGGAGCAGCAUCAAGUUGUUAGUAAUGGAUAAGAUAAUAAGUGAAUGUGUUUUUUGCAUAAUGUAUGCCUCAUGUUUUAUAUCUGAGCUUGGAACAUUGCCUGUUCCCUGUAUGUCUGUAGAUCUGGAUCACUGCAGAGAAGCAAGGGGUGAAGGCUGGCACCUUCUUCUGGCCAUGGUGAGUUAACUUGGUCUCUUUGUCAAUGACUAUUUUGACCUUCAACUACUGUGGCCUGUUAGAGCAAAAUGACACAACAAAUAAUUGAUCAGUUGAUUCAAAAACCAAGACCAUUAAUUAUUUAUGAAACAUUAAUACUGAGUGGUGAAACUGAAUAUAUAGAUGAUGAUAAGGCACAACAUAAACACAAAUAAGUUCUGAUUUUACUUGUGAAAUAAUGUAAAUAACUUGCAUAUCUAUGACCUAAUAAUCACAAGGGGGUCAUUGCUGCGGCACAUCCUUACAAACAAUACCCCCCACACAAGCAGACACAUUGGCCAUUGAGCAUGGUAGCGUAGAGCCCAGUUUGUUUUGCUGGCGAGUUUCACUAAUUAGCAUACACACGUCAGACUGCCAGUCAAACACUUUGGUUGAUAUUUCUACGUUUUGACACCCUUUUUGUUUUUUGUGAAAAAAUGUACCCCCAUAACAUGUAGUUAUUCUAGAACUAAGUCAUGAGAUACUUGCAAGUAUACUUGACUGACAUGUCUGUGUCGUUGCAGGGUGAUUCCACUAGAGAGGAGAAUCCUGACCAUCCUGCGAUGGCUUAGUCUUCCUGACGAUGAGAGGUUAGAUAUUCAUCCCCAAUGCUCAUUAAAUAUGAACAUCAACAUGUGCCAACCUCACUUCCACCAAUUUUCCCAACCAAAUUUCCACAAAAGACUCAGAGAUGGACUAAGCUACUCAGCCUUAUAAGAGCGUUAAUAGAUACUUAAUAGAGAAUCAAGCUACUGUACUGUACUGAGGUCAGUGGUUGAGCUGUGUGUCUGUGUGCUGUCUUUAGGCCCUAUGUGUACGCUGUCCACUCAGAGCAGCCUGACACGUUCGGACACAGACUGGGACCCUUCAGCAACGAGGUGAGCUCCUCUGAUUGUCCCCAGUCCCGAAUUGGUUCGACAGAUAGAGAGCCGCUGGUGGAGGAGAUUAGGCCAGAGAUGGUUGAUGGUUGCUAUGGGGCGGGGUGGGUGUUGUGAGGGGGGGGGGGUCAAGUAAGAGCAACUCAUCUUAAGGUGAUAAAGCGCUAAGUCAUGUUGCGGUCUCUAACUUUGGUGAUAUUUACGCAUUAAUACUGUAAAUACAGGUAAAAAUUUUAUCAUGAACCACAACUGAUAAAUUCCAGAGAUUACUUACUGUAGUAACCUUUGUGUGUUUUGUGUCUUAUAGUUGGACAACCCCCUGAGGGAGAUUGAUAAUGUCAUUGGUCAGCUGAUGAACGGCCUGAAGCAGAUGAACCUACACCGCUGUGUCAACAUCAUCGUCGUUGGAGACCAUGGUAUGGAAGAACGGACCACAAGGACCACCAUUUUGAAUUGUAUCUGCACUAGCCUAUGUCUACUCUGGUUAACUGACCUAAUAACACCAAAACAUAUUUCCCUGAUGUCUUGAUAACAUUGUGAAAAAAUACAUAUUUACCUUGUUGUAAUCUUGUUAUUUUGUUCCAUGAGAAAUGUUUACUAACCUUGGCUUAUGCAUAACUUGUCUCUUUCUGCCCCUAGGAAUGGAGGAGGCCCACUGUGAUAGGACUGAGUUCCUCAGCACCUAUCCUCUGAACGUGGAUGAGAUCAAUCUGAUCCCUGGAUCUCUUGGGAGAAUCCGGGCCCGGGAUCCCAAAUCAACCACCUGUGAGUUACACAGUACUGUAAGGGAAUGGACAUAGCAGGCUAGAUUCAUGAACUAGAAUGUGUUCAAACAUCUUUCUUUCUUUCUAGUUUAUAUUUUCCUAUGUAUCUGUUUUACUUUUUUAUGUUAACUUUUUUCAGAUGACCCAAAAGUAGUUGUGGCAAAUCUUACAGUAAGUACACAUGAAAAAUGAACAAAACAAAACAAUGAUUAUGUUUUUGUUAGAUAUUUUGCUGGCUGUGUAGAACUUUCUGUAAGUCAUCUACAUGUGUGAUCACAGAGUCCAUGUAAUGACCUUGUUUUACAGUGUAAAAUGCCAACCCAGCACUUUAAGCCUUACUUGAAACAACACCUCCCAAAACGGCUUCACUACGCCAACAACCGCAGAAUUGAGGAUGUCCACUUACUCAUGGAGAGAAAGUGGCACAUUGCCAGGUAUUGUAUUUUUCUACAGUACUAGUACUAUCAACUCAACUAGAUGAAGUUAAAAAGCAUUGUAUGGAAUUUGGGGACUAAUUGGCAUUUGUCUAAAACUUUUUAUUUUGUAUAUUCUAUGUGAUGCAGGAAAGUGCCUGAAAACAGGAGGCAUCCUGGGAGAUGUGGUUUCUUUGGUGACCACGGAUUUGACAAUAAGAUCACCAGUAUGCGGGUAAACCACUUAAAUUAAAAUAACGUUUUCCAGAUAUUGUAUUCUUAGCUGCUUGUGUUUACCUUGUUUCCAAUGUUUGUUCCCUGUAUAGACUAUCUUUUUGGGCUACGGACCAAGCUUUAUGUUCCAGACAAAAGUGGCAGAAUUUGAAAAUAUCGAGUUGUACAAUGUCAUGUGCGGUACGAUUUCUUUCUGUACUUAAGUGCUAUUACGAGUUUAUUUGUUGGCACCACCAAUUACUCUGAAAACGAUAUUUACAAUAAAUAUUUCAUAACUAGGAAAUAUAAAGUUUCUGUGGAAACUUUGUUCCAUACAAAAUCAAUCUCAUAUGCCCUUCUUUCUCAGACCUCCUGGGCUUGACCCCUGCCCCUAACAAUGGAACCCAUGGGAGUCUGAAUGACAUGCUGAAAGCCCCUCCUUUCACACCCACCAUGCCAGAGGAAGUGACUGCUCCCACCAGCUCUGACACUACCUCAGCCACGACCUACGACCUGGGAUGUAGCUGUGACAAUGAG